GGAGCAUUGAAACACUACAGGGAGUGCGCGCUCUCUCUCUCUCUCUCUCUAGUACAUUGCUGUUUUUUUCUGCCCAAUGGAGGCCGAUUUCCCGACCAAACGGCGCUGCGUUGGCCACGAGAAGCCUGAGGCCGUGGCCCGCCUCCGGGAAGGGAUUGCCACCCUCCUUUCGCGGUGGCGCGGCCUUCAACUAGCCAUCCAUAACCAAUGGGGCGGCAACGAUUCUCUCCAGAAGUCUCACCAGCUUGUUGCUGAUAUCCUCUCUUGCUUCUCUUGCUCGAAAGAAGCAUUGUAUGCUGAGGAGUUGGAGAAUUUUCUCCACGAAUGCAUGCUGCUCUCUUUCAACACAGAGAUGGAGGAUGGAAGCAUUGAGGAGGUCGCAGAACAACUCAUGAUGUUUCAUGCAGAGUACUUGCAAGGACAUCACUAGUUCUUGCAUCAGAACACACGAACUCUCCAAACCACCCAUCUCUUGUUCUAUGAAAACUUGAUAGGAAAAGGGACUGCAAGUGGUUAAGUUUCCUACUAAUUCCAUUCCUUAGCCAAUUGCUUAUCAUCGACAUUAAACAAGAUCGGCAAGUGUCACAUGCGACUCGGGAAAUAUUCUCACAUCAGACCAAAUCAACUUUGCGAUGUGGAUGGAUCACGAGAUGCAUUUGCUGAAGGCC